AUCAUCAACAGGUUCAUUUAUCAAAGAGAGUAUAAUAAAUCAGUGUGAACGGAUAACGUAGGGCCUGGACUUUAUUGAUGAGAGAUAGCUAUGCUUUUGAGAUUGCAUAGUGGAUUCCAGUGUGAACUGAUAGACUUCAUUGAUUGACCAGCAAAUUUCAAUCUAUGGCUCGUGCUUUACUUUCUGCUAUUAUGGAGCAGCUUGGUCCUUUAAUUUCUUCAGAGUUCGCCUUGACUGCAACUGUUAAACAAGAAGUCCAAAAGCUUGAAACCAAAUUUCGUACCAUCCAGGCAGUGCUCAACGAUGCUGAGAAGAGGCAGCUGAAGGAGGAAGCUGUGAAGCUUUGGUUAGAUAAGCUCAAAUGCGUAUCCUACGAGAUGGACGACGUGUUGGAUGAGUGGAACACUGCCAUGAUCAGAAAAGAGAUUGAGAAACAACAAAAAGAAGAUGAAAAUGCUGAAACUAGCACUACUAAGAAGAGGAAGGUAUGGCCCCUUAUCUCAGUUCCUAAUCUUUUUCAGCAUCGCGAUAUUGCUCAUAAGAUAAAAGAACUUAACGAAAAAUUAGAUGAGAUAAACAAAGAGAGAGAGAUGUACGGGUUUGAAUUGAGUAAGGCCAUUGAAGAAGUAGUUGAGAGACCAAAAACUACUUCUUAUGUUGAUGUGUCUGAUAUUCUUGGUCGCGGUAAGGUUAAGGAUGAGCUAGUGAGCAUCCUAUUGGGUGAGGGUACUAAAAAACAAAAAUGCCCUCAUGUCAUCUCUUUGGUGGGCAUGGGCGGUAUGGGAAAAACAACUCUUGCCCAGCUAGCCUUUAAUCAUCAUGAGGUGAUGGAUCAUUUUGAAAAAAGAAUUUGGGUUUGUGUUUCUGAACCCUUUGAUCAAUGUAGGGUUGCCAAAGCUAUCGUUGAAGCGUUGGGAGUUUGUGAUUUUAACACUACUGAAUUGCAGAGUCUAUUGGAAAAAAUUUGUGAAUUAAUUGGGAGAAAGAAGUUUUUUCUUGUCUUUGAUGAUGUGUGGACUGAAGACUAUGCAAUGUGGAAGCCAUUCAGAGAUGCACUCAAAAAUUGUGGUUCCCAAAGUAGUAAAAUUCUAGUCACUACACGUAAAUGCAAAGUUGCAAAGAUGAUGGAAAGUGCAAAUACGAUCAAGUUGGAGGAAUUGUCUGAGGAAGAUUGUUGGUUGGUGUUUAGUAAAAUAGCAUUUUCUGAUAAGGAUCCUAAGCAAUGUGAGCAACUAGAAGUCCUUGGCAGGCGAAUAUCAAAGAAGUGUAAAGGUUUGCCCCUUGCUGCAAAAACUCUAGGGAGUCUCAUGCACUUCAAGAAAAGUAAAGAAGAAUGGAAGACUGUUUUGGAUAGCAAUUUGUGGGAAUUAGAAGGUGUUGAAAGAGGUCUUUUUGUGCCGUUGUUACUUAGUUAUUUUGAUUUGCCCUCACCACUAAAACGGUGUUUCUCAUAUUGUGCUGUCUUUCCGAAAGAUCAUCUCUUUUAUGUUGACGAGUUGGUAUAUAUGUGGACAGCACACGGAUUUGUUGAGUCAAAGGGAAAUAUGGAGGUGGAAAUUAUGGCAAGAGAAUACUUUGAGAAUUUAGUCACUCGCUCUUUCUUCCAAAAAGAUAUUUGGGGGUACAAAAUGCAUGAUAUAGUGCAUGACUUUGCACAAUCAAUUACUAAGAAUGAAUGCUUUAUAAUUAGGAGUAACAUAGAGUCGGAAUCAGAUUAUAAUAAUGCUCGCCAUUUGAGAUUAGAAAUUCCAAAAGAAUCCCAAUUUUCUAUGUCCAUUGAUAGUGCCAAAAAUCUACACACCCUCAUCUUUUUUGAUCAAAGUGGUUAUAACAUAUCCAAUUUAUUCCAGAAUUUUAGACUUUUACGGGUAUUAACUUUGAAUUCCACUAUGGAACUUCCGCAUACAGUGGAAAAUUUAAUACAUUUAAGGUAUCUCGAUUUGCUUCGGUGCAAUGAGGUAUUGCCUGAAACCAUCUAUAAUCUAUGCAAUUUACAAUAUUUGAAGAUUGCCCAGGCUUCUAAUUUUGUGUUCACAAAAUUACCUCAAGGGAUAGGUAAAUUAAUUAACUUAAGACAUCUUAUUGGAGAUAAUUUAGUGAUUCCAAGAGGGAUUGGAAGAUUGAUUUCUCUUAGAGCAUUAAAAUGUUUCAGCAUAAGUGAUGAGGAUAACGAAGGAUGUAAAAUUGGAGAAUUAAAAAAUUUGAACCACCUGCAAGAGAGUUUUGAAAUACGUGGGUUGGGGAACGUGGUAGAUGUAAGUGAGGCCGAGAAUGCACAACUUAAGAAGAAGAUACACCUUCGUGAAAUGAAACUAUCUUUUAAGAAAGGGAAGGAUAGAGGAAUGUGGGAUGAUUGGGUUUCAAAUGCCUUCGACCCCAAUGAUAGAAGAAUGGAGAGGGAUGUCUUAGUUUUAAAUGCCUUAGAGCCACCUCAAGACUUGGAGCUGUUAGACAUUUAUUGGUACCAGGGCACCACAAUGUCUCCUAAUUGGUUAAUGUCCUUGACCAAAUUGAAAACAGUUACUAUCUCUUCAGCCACAAAGUUAAUGAGUUUGCCUACUUUGGGGAAGUUUCCGCUCCUCGAAUCGUUAACUAUAUGGAAUGUGUGUAGUUUGAAAAAAGUGGGUGUUGAAUUUUUGGGAAUAGAAUCUGAAAACAAGAAAGAAGACACAAUAUUCCCAAAGUUGAAAUAUCUCAGUUUUGUGUACUUGGAGGAGUGGGAAGAAUGGAUUGGGAUUGGAGGAAAAGAAGACGCAGACUGUAUUACUAUAAUGCCACGUCUUCAACGGUUGGAAAUUCAUUGUUGCGGAAAGUUAAAGUCAUUGCCGAACUUCCUGCGUACAAUUCCAUUGAAUGAAUUGGAGAUCGUUGGCUGUCCAAUUAUCAAGGAACGUUGCCAAAGUGAGACAGGAGAAGAUUGGCGCACCAUUUCUCACAUCCCAAUAAUCAAUCUUUUAGAAUAUUCUAUUUAUCCUAAGUUUAGUAGAUUUAGAUGAAAUCGUAAAAACUGCGCAUGAGCAAAGUUCAUCCUCGGCUUGAUUCGGCAUUGCAAGUCUGAACCAGUAAAGGGGAAGUAUAUUUUGUGCUUGAGCAAAAUUUCACGCAUGGAUGCACUUUUGAGAAAGACCUAUAGAAGAAAUGCGUUCAUUUUAUUGUGGUAGUAAAGCUUGCAUAUCGUAUGACACAUGAAAGGUUAGAUUUCUUGUCUUAGUAAUGUGUUUCUUAUCAAUAAAGAUGAGGAAGAGUGGGAUGUUACCACCAAGGGUAGAGGGCACAAUUUGAUAAAUACUUGCUAUUUUGAAAAGGACACCUUAAGAAGUGGAGAGGAGAAGAUAGGACCAGUCCAAACUUCCUUGAUCUAGGAACAUAAAUGUUGCUUCUUGUAUAGGUGAUGAUUGUAUUGGAAUACAAUGUGGAUAUAAGGAAUGUUACAUGUAUUUACUAUUCUCAAAGGGUAAUACCGAUUUUUGGUUUGUUGGUCUAAGCUACUACAUAGCAUCCUUUUUGCAUGGAGUUCUGAUUGUUUAGGGAGUACAAGAAAUCUAUACAGGUACUGCUUCACCUACAUCAUCCAUACAUACCUUUUAACUAAUUAUUGAGAUUUGAGACAAAAAACUAUCAAGUCCAAGUUUUAGUUUAAAAGAUUGAAACAAAAUGCCAUCUUCCUUUGUAGUAUGGUCAAAUUAAGGUAAUUGGCUUGUACUUCAAUGUAUUGUGGAUAGACCCUACUCUGUUAAUAGAGAAUUUGUUCUAUAUAUAGAUAGAUAUCUUCAAAUCCAUAUUCUCACAAGGAAAAGGCAUACUCAGUUAAGGCCAAGCUAAAGCAUGAAUUUCUCUAGGGUAAUUAGUAUUGUGUUUUUCAUUAUCAUUUUAGCUUUCUUAAUCCUUUCAUUUAGGGUAAAUUUCCUAGGUCCACAUAACAGAAACAUUUGCCUGCAUUAUUAAGAAAAUCAAAACCAUGUUCCCUUCCACAUGUGGCUUUAACCUCAAGUAAAAGAGGUAUUUCUACUUCUACUAUUACCAAUACGGUUCUCAAUGUACUUUCCGUUGCUACUGUUGGGGAUGAUGUUAUUGGUGACUCCAAAGCAUUCAAGAAUACAGCCUGCAAUGCUUCUUGUUCCUCCCAAAUAUUUUUUGAGGUGCAGCGUACAAUUUUCAGGGGGCCUUGUGUAUCAACCUUUAUCCUUUGUCUAAUACUGGAUUCAUCAAUCUUGGAAGAGCACAGUUCCUAUGUGAUCUUAUCACCGGAGUUUCGAUUGAUAUUUGUGCUCACAUUUUUCAGACCAUCGAGAGAACAGCAACUCAAACGACAGCACCAACAUGUCUUCCUUUUUGUAGUCUUCUCAUAAAGAUCAUAGUUCUUGAAGGUGUUCGUCCACUAAAAGAUGGAAAAAUACUGGUUCGUCUUCGCCCAAUAUCCAUGGUGUCUCUUCAAGCAAGCAAAAGUCACUCUUCCAAAGCACCUAAGAGUGAAUCUUUCCUUCAUGCCAUUCCAUCCAGUCAUGGCUCAGCUACUCACACUACGCCUGUGCAUACCGAGAUUGCUUCUCCCAUCACUCCUAAGCUACAGACGACUAACACUCAACAUGUACAAUCUAGCUUUCAAGGUAACAGGUUGAGUAUUUUGAUUGAGGGUCUACAUCAGCGUAUUUCUGGAUUUGAAAUUGUUCUCUACUCCACCAACAAUCAAGUCCAAAUGCGUAUGGGUUCACACACAAAAUCACCGUGUUCACACAUAAAAUCUCCAUAUUCUCCCUCACUUCUUCACCAAUCUUCAAGAAAAGCUUGAAAAUGUCUCCAUUCAAGAGAUCAGCUGUGAAAGUAGGUAGCAACAAAGGGAAAGAGCUCGUGAUUGAUGUUGAUGACCUCUCUCCUAGGUCAAAGAGGACGAUCAUCGACGAGAGGGUAUGACCCUUACAAGUUCAGAUCCUAUGCUGAUUUUCAGACCUAUGAGAACUACUUUGAAAAAGCCACAUUGCUGGUUGAAAGGGCUGUUAACCAACCGUCUCUCCUGGAAACCAACAUCCCUAAAU